AUGGUAUUGGGAUCCCCACCGGCGACGAAGCACGAUCUGCCUCAGCGACCGGCUCCCGGUAGCCCGGACCAGGAAGACAGGCGUGCUGCUGGGAGGAAGCAUUAUCACCCUGCGGCUCCGGCCAACCGGAGCGAAUGGGUCAUGUGGAUUGGGAACGUGCCCAAUAACGCCACUCACGAGGAGAUGUGGAAAUUCCUCAACCAGCCCAUCCCCCGCGAAGCCGUUCCGCAGAGCAUCCCUUACAAGGAACAUAUCAAGAUUUCGUCCAUCUUUCUCAUCUCUCGAUCGUCUUGCGCAUUUGUCAACCUCGAGACUCAGGACGAGCUCUUGCUAGCGAUUUCCUACUUCAAUCACCGCCUCCUGCGACCGCUCGAUCCGCGGUGUCCCAAGUUGGUCUGCAGGGUGCGCAAGAUGGACGACGACCUCAAGGCAGGUGUAGGUGGUCAACGGGGUGCCGGUCUCCAUACCAAGUACGUGCAGGAUCUAUUGGCGCAACAAAAAGCCGAGGCCGCAAGCGAGGCAAAAGCCGCCCAGGAUGGCACCAAAACGCCAGAAUCAGAGACUCCGCUCAGUCCGGCAGCGAUGGAGUACCCGCCCGAUAUGGUCACUCCAGCUGCGUUCGCGGCGUGGCAUCGCGAACGAUCGCAAUCCGGCACACACAGUUUCGCAUCCACCAACUCUUCUUUCCUGGGUCGACAUUUCCCGAAACGAUAUUUCAUCCUCAAGAGCUUGACACAGGAGGAGCUUGAGACGAGCAUCAAGACAGGCAAGUGGAAGACGCAACUUCACAACGAGGCGAUCCUAGACCAAGCCUUCCGUACUUCGCCCGAGGUUUACCUCAUCUUCGGAGCCAACAAACAGGGCAACUUUUACGGAUGGGCCAUUAUGCGAAGCGGCAUCGGUUCACUCGCCCGAAACGCUCGUAGCAUCUCAUGUGGCUCGCGAAGCCAACUCCCGACUACGCCUUCAUCCGGGACGGUCAAUUCCGGCGGGACUGCGGAGCGUUCGUCUGGCUCUACAUCGCAAUCCACCGAUGAUCCUGCAAUGACUAGAUCGGGUCGACCUAGGAUCCCGCAUGCCUCUUCGGACACAUUCAGGAUGACGACGCAAUCUCCUGGCGAGUUGUCACCCAGCGAGGAAGUCAACUAUUCGGCUAUGCGGUUGCCUGACGUAGCGAGCCAGACAAGACCGCCGAUCAGACUGGCUUCAGUUCCCGAGUCCGAGUCCCGAUCGAACACUCUAGACGCUGACGCUCUGGCACAGAUCAGGGCGGCCCAGGAUUCCGGUUUCAAGUUGGAUAACCGCGCGCCGAGUCGGGCUGCGGAACGCAGAUCCAAUUCGACCGGUUCGCAAGGAAGCAACCCCGACAAGGCCGAAAGUAUUAAGCCCGACGCGAGUGACGACAAGCCUGACGGUGAUGGUAUCAUCAGGCACGAUAUGGUCGAUCCGGUCUCCUCCGAUGUAGCUCAGGCUGUCGACGCUUCUGGACCGGGACCGGCUGAGAACCAAUUGGCCAAGAUCGGUACGGUGUUCGAUGUCGAGUGGGUCAAGACUGGGGUCCUGCCUUUCCACCGGUUGAGGCAUUUGAGGAACCCAUGGAACCAGGAUAAGGAAGUCAAGGUCAGUCGAGAUGGGACCGAACUCGAACCCACUGUGGGAGCGCUACUCCUCGCCGAGUGGGACAAGCUCGAAUCAACCGCUCCGACCUCUUAA